GUACACCACCAAUCAUAACAAUAGGAGGGUGACGGACAACGCUGGGUUAGGUUGUCUACUGUCUGAUUGGGAAAUAACAAAACCAAAAACCACACGUUAGUGCUGCUGAGAGUCGGAAGUUUUACCGAGGGGGCUGGGGACGAAGACACAAAUACAACUGAAUCGGACGCGACAUUUAUUGCAGUGCGGUUAUUCCCCUGUCGAGGUGGUGGCUACAAGCUAACGUUAGUGAAGACAGUCAGCGAGCAAACCAUCAACCAAGUGCCGUGGAGAAGUCGGGGGCUGAGAUAGUGGAAAGAAGUGUUUGGUGGUGUUUCUUCGACAAUAGUCUGACAAAGGGGCAGUCAAGACAAAAUUGUGGCUACUAUUAGCGAGACGAAGCCACAGACCGUGUUCAGCACCGGGUAGCGUCCCAUAUGCUUGGUGGUGUGUAUCAUACCUUGUUGGACUCGGGUUUUUUGAAGCGUCUGCUAAAUGUCUGUAGACUGUCGGGUGCAGCAACGCCUGCAUGUAUGUAUGCUAGCUAGUUAGCCACUGUAGCUAGCCCGUUGAUAUCAUUACAUUUGACUCUGUUAGCCAGCAACGUUGAGCUCGUUUCAACGUCGAAACUAAAACAAACAACAACAAAAAAAUAACAUUUUGUCUUAUUCUUGAGACACCGCUGUUAACUAACCGUGCGAACUAGUGAAAAAAAAAGAGCAACAUUUCCUCUGAUAGCUACGCCUUGCUGUGUCAUGUCAUUCAAGUUGUAAGUGAAGUCCUUUCGGAAGAGUAUGCAGGACAAGAAACGAUUUGGGAUAAGUAUAUAGCAAAAAAGGGGACAGUGAAAUCGUACAUUGAUUGAUUGAAGUUCAUAUCGGCUGCCCCUCCAAAAACAAAAAAAGACUGCAUUUGGAGGUCAAAAGGAAGCCAGAAUGAAGAAGUUCUCCCGAAUGCCGAAGUCUGAGAGUGGCGGGCUGGGAGGGGGGUCCGGCUCCGGACUCAGCAACUACUUCGGGAAAGUGUUCGGCGUGGGCCGGUUUCAAGUCACCGUGGAAGAACUCAUAGCUGAAGGCGGUUUCUCUGUGGUGUUCCUGGCCCGGACACAGAGUGGCAUGCGCUGCGCUCUCAAGAGGAUGUAUGUCAACAACGUCCCUGACCUCAACAUCUACAAGAGAGAGAUCACUAUUAUGAAAGAGCUGUCAGGUCAUAAGAACAUAGUGAACUACCUGGACUCUACCAUCAACUCUGUAGGGGACAGUGUCUGGGAGGUCCUUAUCCUCAUGGAGUACUGUAAAGCUGGUCAGGUAGUGAAGCAGAUGAACCAGCGUCUCCAUACAGGGUUUACGGAGCCGGAGGUGUUGACCAUCUUCACUGAUACCUGUGAGGCUGUGGCCAGGCUGCAUCAGUGUAGAACCCCUGUCAUACACAGGGACCUGAAGGUAGAGAACAUCCUCCUCAGUGAUAAUGGGAGUUAUGUUCUGUGUGAUUUUGGAAGUGCUACUCACAAGGUGCUGCUCCCACACAAAGACGGAGUGACCGCCGUGGAGGACGAAAUCAAGAAGUACACGACCCUGUCUUAUCGAGCUCCAGAGAUGAUCAACGUGUACGCAGGGAAGGCCAUUACCACCAAGGCUGAUAUCUGGGCUCUUGGUUGCUUGUUGUACAAGCUGUGUUUCUUCUCGCUCCCGUUCGGGGAGAGUCAAGUUGCCAUAUGUGAGGGAACCUUUGUCGUUCCCGACAAUUCCAAAUUCUCCUUCAAGUUGCACUGCUUAAUCAGAUAUAUGCUUGAGCCUGACCAUGAGAAGAGACCAGACAUCUAUCAAGUGUCCUACUUUGCCUUCAAGUUAGCUGGAAAGGAGUGCCCUGUGCCAAAUCUCUUUAGCUCCCCUCUCCCUACGUCACUCCCUGAGCCACUCACAGCCAGCGAGGUUGCUGCUAGGAAGAGCAUGACGAAAGCCAGAAUCACAGAGUCUGCGGGACCAACGGCAACUUCCAUCGCUCCGAGACAGAGACCCAAGGCUGCCAACAGUAAUGUGAUACCCAUCCCUGUAGCCAACACAGCUGUCACCCCUAUAGCCACGCCCACCGCUGCCACGCCCAUCGCCGCUGCCACGCCCAUCGCCACCACGCCCAUCACCCCUACAGCUGUGCCUUCUGUAGCCGUCAGCAAUGGGCAGAAAGCUCCAACACCUGGUAACAGCCAGCCGGUUGCUCCACAGCCCCAGACAGCCAACAGGGUCCUCCAACAGCUGCAGCCUGGAGACCUGCGUCUGCAACAACAUCUCCAUCCUGUCCAUCCACAGCAGCUCCAAUACCUUCAGUACCAGCAGGCUCUUCAGCAGCAGAUGAUGAUACAGCCCAUGUAUCAGCAACAACAGGCCCAGGCACAGGCCCAGGCCCACUACGUAGCAAUGAUGCACCAGUACCACCAGGCCUUUGCACAGCAGCAGCAACAUCAACUACAACUCCAUCAACAACAACUACUACAACAACAGCUACAACAUCAACAGCAUUCCACCCAGCAGCCCACUGUGACCUCCCCGCUAGAGUUCCAACAUCCUUUGGGCUCUUUUAUCCCGGCUGGAUCUGGGGUCAGCCCUGGGGUCAGCCCUGGGGUCAGCCCUGGGGUCGUGGCAAUCGGGGCUGGAAAUGUGACACCUUCCCCUGUUGAGGCUCUAUACACCAGUAGAAACCCUCUGGUGGACCUAAAGGAGACCACCCCUCCCCCCCGGACCCAAGCCCAGACCCUGGUCGCCCCCCAGAGCCACCCUCCUGACAUGUCUCGCUGGAACCCCUUCGGAGAGGACAACUUCUCCAAACUAACAGAGGAGGAACUUCUGGACCGCGAGUUCGACCUCCUCAGAGCAAGUAAACCCGUGGAGAGAACCACUAGCAUGGAGGCAGACCGACCACUGCAGCCAAUCACCUCUGCCGCAACCGCCAAGCCCCUCCUCCCUGAAUACCUGUUUGGCUCCGCCCCCUUCCUGGCUAGCGCAGGUUCUAGUGUGGUGACAGAUCAGCCUAUUGAAGAGCUCAGUAUCCCGGCCGCUGCUCCUGUCCCUGUGGGCCAGCCAGCCCUUGAGGAACAGCGACAGCAACCUCCUGCCAAGGAGCACAAACCAAGCAGGACGAGAAACUCCUCUGACAGCGGCUCACAGACGACCCGCAAACCACCGGGCGGCGAAUCAGACAGCGACUUCGAGUCGGACCCUCCUUCCCCUAAGAGCAGCGAGGAGGAUGACGAGCCAGAGGAGGACGAAGGGCUGAACAGCGAGCAAGAGCAUGGAGAAUUCUUCAACGAACUGGAAAAUGUGGAGGAAAUGGAGACGCUGGGUCAGAGGCCUCUGUUAAUGGAAUCGGAGGAUUCGGAGGAUUACGACAAACACAGCUCCGACUCGGACUACGAGCCCAGGAAAGCUAAGGGAGGACGCUCAAAGAGGCUCCCAGGAGGUAAAGGAGGGGCAGUGGCUGCUGCAGCUACUGUCUCCCAUGAGGGAGGUCCGAGCGGGGAGUCGGACGCCACGCUGAUCAUGAUCACACCUUCUGAGUCGCCCGGUGUGGCUGCUGUUAGAGCUCCCCGUAGCGGUGGUGGAAUCAAGGACAUAUUUGGUGCCGAUGUGUUUUGCACGGUGCCUUUCUUUCCCCCUGUGGCGUCCCCCACAGAAAGAGCAGACAUCUUCUCCGCGGCUCCCUUCAGGCAGGUGAGCCAGGAGGCCGUGGCCAGCCAAGCCAGGAGGCCAACCAGCCCAGCCAGGAGGCCAACCAGCCCAGCCAGGAGGCCAACCAGCCCAGCCAGGAGGCCAACCAGCCCAGCCAGGAGGCCAACCAGCCCAGCCAGGAGGCCAACCAGCCCAGCCAGGAGGCCAACCAGCCCAGCCAGGAGGCCAACCAGCCCAGCCAGGAGGCCAACCAGCCCAGCCAGGAGGCCAACCAGCCCAGCCAGGAGGCCAACCAGCCCAGCCAGGAGGCCAACCAGCCCAGCCAGGAGGCCAACCAGCCAAGCCACGGAGGAGUUUGACGUCUUCACAAAAGCUCCGUUCAGCCGGAAUCUCUCGAAAUCUGGCAAGACCGGAAGCAGCGAUGUCUCUAUGGGUCAGAACCCGCCUGUGUCCCCUGAGAUUAUCGACCCGUUCGGCUUCUCCCCCUUCCAGCCCGGCCCCACGGCCCCGCCACCAACCACCUCCAGGAGCGCCGAGGACAUCUUCCAUCCGGCCUUCGACGAUUUGACCAGUCCCCAGCAGCAGAGGCUAAAGCAGCGCAGCCUCCAAAAGCUGUCUUCGCGGCAGAGGAAGCUCUCUGGCAGCACCGACGGCGGCGGCAAGCGCCACCACGGUACGCCUACCGGCGGCCGCAAGAGCAACAAGCCCAGCUUCCGAACCCCCGAGCGCGUCCGCCGGCACAAGAAGGUCGGCAGGCGGGACUCCCAGAGCUCCAACGAGUUCCUCAGCACGUCAGACUCCAAGGAGAACAUCGGCGUCGGCGGCGUAACGAUGACCGACAAAGACAAAGGGUCUUCCCUACCUAGCCUUCCUAGUGAGGUCGACCCCAUCUUGGACCCAUUUGGUGCCAAACCUUUCGGCCCUCAAGAUGGCAGCCGACUCAACCAGGGCCAGUACCAAGGUCUAAUGGACGGCAAGACAGACGUAGUUUCGGCCAACGGCAGGCCUCAGACCAGCUCCCUCCACGGGGCGCUGGGGGUUGGGAACAUCAUGGAUGACUUUGGGGCGGUGCCCUUCACAGAACUGGUGGUUGGACAGCAGCAGCAGCCGUCUCAGCUCGUGGAGCUGGAUCCUUUUGGAGCUGCUCCUUUCCCCUCCAAACAGUGAAUGUCUCACUCGUCUUCCCGCCACAAACACACUCGUGCUCGUCUUUCUCUAUCACGUCGCUGUGUUACGCCAAGCCUAUGCAGUCCCCAGGGGGGUAAAUUCCCAUCCAAAGGAUGGCAGCUCGAUCGGUGGUGUGGUAGUUGAUUAUCUUUUCAGCCAAAUGAAACGACCAGCAACGACUAAGUGUUUCCAAUGCUUUUGUUUUUUCCUUCUCAAAAAUAUUUUUAACACGCUAGUAACUGGAUAUUGGGAUUAACAAAACCAACCUGUGGAGUAUGGAUGAUUUAUUUCAGGUUCGGUAUGCAUCUACUUCUGCCGGUACCUGUUUUCUAACAAGCCUUUUAUGCUGCAUCGCAUCAAGACAUUUUAACAGGAUUGGCGAUUGAUACCGGUUUCACUCAAGAUCACACUGUGACAAACAAGCUCGCUCAGUGUUCCGACUGGUUGAGUUGCUGCAAAAAACAACAAAUACUGUUAUGUGUAGAUAUAGUGGCCUCCUUCAAGAUCUACCAAUAAGAUUUGAUUAAUUUAGCACCAUAACGCCUUAUGGGCAUGGCUCUGCCCUACUGCACAGUACCUCGGAAACCAUUGGCUAAGCAAAUGACACAAAAGGGCAACGUUAGCCAACAGAAUGAGUCGUUUCAGAGUAGGCAUUUACCACUGUAUUAUUUCACCUUACAUAGACCCUUUUCUAUGCAUAUUUUUACAUUUAGAGUCGACUUAGACACAGCAAUAAAUGUUUUUGGUUUUGUAAUUUUUUAUUGCAUUUAAUACUAGAACGAAAGGGAUUUUGGUUCUGUUUUAAAGAUGUCUUUUCUUCUUCUUCAUGAUUUAAGACCAUUUCAAUGUUAGGUUUGUUUCUAUACUUUUAGCAUUACAACCGUGUCAGUAAAUUAAAUUCUGUUCUAUUUUAAAAAGUGAUGUUAUUUUACCUUAACCCAAUUUUUGAAUGAGAGGAAGAACACAACUGUUCUCCUACGUGGUGACACUGAAUCUACCGAUUAUCUGACUUACUUCCACCUCUUCUUAGUCCUGAAACAGACUCUCUCGUCGAUUUGGUAACACAAGCCAUGCAUUCAUAGAGGGAGAGUGAGUCUAAAGAAGUACAAUGUAUUAGAAUCAGUUUGUGUUCAAAUUAAAUGCACUUUCAGCAUCAA